AUGUCUCUUAAUACGGCUCAUGCCGAUCACGGGGUGUUGAUACAUGCAGGAGAAUGCAUCAUAUUGUUCUCGGACAAUGUCACAAUUAAUUUCUAUGGAAAUGAUACAACUGAGUUCAGUGGAACCAAAGAAGGCCGUAUAUACUUGACAAGUCAUCGCAUGAUUUUCAAUUCAAAAAGCCGCUCUGAACCUCUGCGGUCAUUCAGUUUUCCGUUUGUUACGUUGAUGGAUGUUGCUAUAGAACAGCCUAUGUUCUCAGCAAACUACAUUAAAGGGAAAGUUCAUGCACAACCUAACGGAAACUUUAUCGGUGAAGUAAAAUUCAAAAUUGUGUUCAAGUCUGGAGGUGCUAUUGAAUUUGGACAAGCCAUGCUGAAAGCCGCACAUCUUGCCACUCGUCACUCGGCGCCAGACUCCAGGCCUCCGCCGUAUUCGCCGCCUACUGGUCCAUGGUACGCCGCGCCACCUCCAGCGUAUGCGCCGCCUCCACAGGGUUACUACGGAUGGGUACCUCCCUACAUGGCAUUCCCUGACCAGCCACCACCAAACUCAGUCUUUGUGUCGAAUAACCCGCCCCCGUACCCUGGCGUGACAGGCAGGGCGUACCCGCCUGGCACUGGAUAUUCCGGCGUGAGCUCACAGGAGAGUCCGUCGCCCACAGGUGCAGCAUUCUCGCCGGGUCCCUCCGCUCCCCCCGGAUACCCUGGAGCCCCGGCUGGCAUGUCCUCCAGUGAUGCUAAAGCCGCGGAGGCUGCACAGAGCGCCUAUUACGAUCCCAACAGGCCUCAGACAGCGUACGUGCCGCCACCAUACAGCGAUCUACCGCCGACUUAUCAGGAAUCGUUGUCAAAGAAAGAAAAUUAA